CUCGUGCUGUGUUGCGUUUUCCCCUCCUUUUGUCCCUUUACUCGCGUGCGUUCGCAGCUGUGAUGAGCUGUUUGGCUCUCGUGCUCAAAAGGGAAUAACCAAGCUCCUUUUGGUCACUCGCCCCCAUAUCGGAGACACGAUCAAUGAAUGUCGCAUUUUUGGAGUGUGAUAGUGCUACGGUUUCUAAAACUAUUUGUCAUUAUAUUCAUAUUGCCCCGCCCUUUUUACUUUCCCCGAUGCAGGGGCACUCACAACAAGCGGAAGGAGGCAAAUGGUUUGAACAGUGAUGCGUAUUCUUAAUUGGAAACUGGAAGAUGACUGGGCAAACAGCCAGUGCUGGGGAGGCUUAAUCGCAGGGAUUCCGAGAUCAUGUCUCACUCGACCAUAAAACCCUAUCGGAUAUACACUUGUAUGGCCACAUCCGCAAGUGUAUCCCCAUUGACCCAUCAUCCCUGUAAUCUGUGGCCGAAUCCUUUCACCAGGCAAUGCUGUGGACUCCUUGCGCCAGAUACAGUGUCUGAACAAAGAUCGGGAAGCUCCUCAAGGCUUAUUGGCACGCCCAUUUGGGCACGAUCAUGGUGAUUUGCCCCGCCUUUUUUUUUUUAUUUGAAAUUGUGGUGAUAAUUUGCCUCGGACUUGUAAUCCCAGUUCUACUUGUACCAACUUUACGCUACACUCUGUCAUCUCUACCUGAUGUUGAUUCUGAUACUGUGUCCACCAAACUCUUGUCUUCUAUAUACUUUAGUAUCCUGUUAAGGUACACAAUUUCUGCUCUGCGAACCAUUCGGUUGUGGUGUGCGAUUUCUCGUUGCUCCUUUUCUCGGCUCUGCGCUUGGUGGACUUUGUCCAUUAUUGCGGCUUCCCGCAGGAUCAUUGCUUUUUAGGACAGCCACAAACGUUUUCUUAAAAGCUUUUGAUUCUGGGCGGACGAAAAUGGGUCACAAUCGUUUUUGCUGGCUGAUGAGAGAAGAGAUACACCGCCCGAAACUUACCUUGGCAGACCCAAGACCGGUAUCUAGUCUGUUCGCUGCAGCAAAAGCCAAGAUUAGUGUAUUUCAACAAUUGGUACAAAAAGUGGUGUACAUACACGAUGCCAGGUCCAGAGUUGGGGUCGGCGCAGACUGUCUCUGUAACUUUCCGUCCGUGGAUACUGAGCGAGGAGUGGGAAUUGAGAGGACGGCAAGCUGAAUGAUUUGGAUCUGGGUUUUGUUCCGCUGAACCGUCUAGUACUCGUUGAAGCGUUAUUAUUUGGUUUCUUCUUGACACCUUGCACUUCGGAUUUUGGUCUGCAAUUCUUGUCAGAUGCCAGUGCGACCUUGUGUAGCUUCAUGUCUGUGAGCUGGCCGGCUUUCGGCAUCUUGGCGUCUACAUGUUUUCCUUUCCGCUCCGCUUUGGCAUUUGAAGUGUGGCUACCUGUCUUUGUAUGGCCUCGGUUGGGUGACUGCAAUAGCGUGGUGAGACUGACUGCACACAGUCCUGUCAACGAUCGCCCCCCGCCUGGAAGUGAUAUGGAUUUCACAUGUGUGAGUCGGAGUUUUUUCCCGCAGAUCACAUUGUCAUCAGCGUCCAGCAAGGGUAUUAUACUCUGCGUAGACAGAGUCGCAGCAGGAGUAGCCAACAGGGCAGGCAUGAGGGAUUGCAAAAGGGGAAAAAGUCUGGUUGUAAGAUGAUUUCAAUCACUAAAUGGCCUUACGUAAUGGUUGUCCCCUGUAUUUGGCCUUCUGACUGGUU